AUGGUGGAAUUUUUUGAUCAAACCAGGAAGAUGGCGCGGCUGCUGAAGUACCUCCAGUUCAGGGACUACAAAUCCAAGCUGCUCAAGUCGUUGGAGGACGAGGAUCCUCAGACCGGAGAGCUGCUCUCAUUGGCCGAGCGGCCGGAGCUCGACCCAAUCAAGCAGGAGAGGCUGGAGCGGAUAGAGCGCCGGACGCAGAAUAUGGACCAGUCUCAGUACGCCGAGUUCUGCGAGAGCCGGCAGCUCAGCUUCGCGAAGAAAGCCUCCAAGUUCCGGGACUGGCUGGACUGCAGCAGCCUGGAGCUGAAACCCAACAGCGUCGCCAUGGAGAUCCUGUCCUACCUGGCCUACGAAACGGUCGCCCAGAUUGUGGAUUUGUCCCUGCUCAUAAAGCAGGAAAUGGCAGCUAAGACGGAUCCGGUCAGUCAUGUGAUCUCUGCCAGCUACCUCCACUACAGCACACACACCGAG